AUGUCUUCCAGAUUCACUUCAAUCCAGAAGCGGGCCUAUUGGACUCUGGCAUUCCUCAACCUGUUGCUCAGUUUCCAGCCUGCCGUUACCGGUUUCUCUCCGCAGCGAGCCGAAGAGCCCUCCGCCGCAGACCCUGUCCGUCUCCGGCACCCCAGAGCCGCGUACCCGGUGUAUAUGCUGCACCUCUACCGUUCCCUGCUUGCCGGCCAUCACCUGGGCCAGUCCACUGCCGAAGCCUCAGCUUUGAAAGAAUCCGACUCCAUCCUCAGCCUGGUGGCUCGAACUUCAUUCCAAUUUGGGGAGCACUGGGACUUCUCCUUUGACAUGACCUCCAUCUCCAGCAGCUAUGAUAUCAAGCUGGCACAGCUCCGGGUUCAUCUACUGACUUUCUCUCAACCUAGAAAUAUCACUGUGCAUAUUUAUCAUAGCCACAACUACACAUGUUAUGGGAAUCAGACUUGCAUAGAUAGGGUGUUCCUUGGUUCUUUUGUGAGUAGCCUCUCGCUCAACCAUUCACCCUGGAAAAUCUUCAACAUCACUAGCUUAUUACAUCUUUGGCUUCACCAAGGGAUGCCAUCAGGCAUUGAGAUUCCAGAAGUCCCACAGCAAGACUGGGAAGAGGGGGAUAUAUUUGAGGACAAUAGUAACCCAACAGUGGGUGCAUUUCAGGAUAAGCAUGCCCAUAAUAAUUCUAGAGAGGAUGAGAAGCAUUUUGUGUCCAAUGGUCGUGAUAGAGCACUCUUGGUGAUCUUCUCCAAAGAUAAGCAACCCAUGGAGCCUUCUCAGGGUUCAAGUCUCAUUAAAACUGUAGAGAUGUCCAAGCAUGUUCUGUUUGAUAACAUAACCAAAGAAGCUGGAGGACGUCGCCAUCGUAGAAACAGGAAACAGAAACAAAGAAUUAAACUGAACACUCUCCAAUUCUCCAAGUGGGCGGAAGAAGGCAGAUCUCUAUGCAAAAGAGUUGAUAUGAUGGUGGAUUUUGAUAAAACUGGCUUUGGAAGCUGGAUUGUGCAUCCCAAGAAGUAUAAUGCCUAUCGCUGUGAAGGAGAAUGUCCAUCACCUGUCGAUGAGACCUUCAAACCAACAAAUCAUGCUUAUGUUCAGAGCUUGCUGAAGGUAUACCAACCUAACCGAGUGCCCUGUCCAUCCUGUGCUCCAAUCAGGUUAAGUCCGUUGUCCAUGCUUUAUCAUGAGAAGGGAAGAAUAAGGGUCCGUCACCAUGAAGACAUGGUAAUUGAAGAAUGUGGCUGCAACUAA